UUCUGUCUAAUAAGGUAAAAGUGUUUGUGAUUGGCUUGUUGUUUGGUGGUUGUGCAGCUUUCUGUCUCUGUCUCUCUUGAACCUUUCAGUUCAGAGUUGAUCAAACAAAGUGUAUGAUCAGUAAAGAUGGAGAACUGUCUAACUCUCAUUUUUUUGUCUUCUGUGAUCAAUCUCGCCACAGCUGGAAAUGUGAGGCUGGUGGGUGGUAAUAAUUCUUGUGCUGGUAGGGUGGAGGUUUAUUUUAAUGGAGAAUGGGGAACCGUGUGUGAUGAUUUUUGGGAUUUGACAAACACUGCAGUGGUGUGUAGAGAGCUGGGCUGUGACGAAACUUCAAACACAAUGCGUGCUGCUCACUUUGGACCAGGAUCAGGAAAAAUCUGGAUGGAUAAUGUGGGAUGUAGUGGAUCUGAGUCAUCAAUAUUUGAUUGCUCAAAAACAAAAAUGGGUGACCAUGACUGUGGACAUAGUGAAGAUGUUGGCGUUAUCUGCUCAGGCAUCAGGCUUGUUGGAGGUUCUCGCUGCUCUGGGAGGUUAGAGGUGCCUCAUGGGAACACAUGGUACACAGUGUGUGCCGCUGCCUUUGACCAGCAGGAUGCAGAGGUUGUGUGUAGAGAGCUGGACUGUGGGGCUCCUGUACAGGUGCUGGGAGCAGCUGCUUUUGGUAAAGGAGAUGCUCAGAUGUGGACACAAGAGAUUCAGUGCAGAGGAGAUGAGUAUCAGUUUGCUCUUUGUCCAACAUCACCUUCACAAUUUUGUUCCCAUGAGAAUGAUGUGAGCGUUGUAUGUGCUGAAACAGUGAGAUUAGUAGGUGGUAACAGUCGCUGUGCUGGUCGAGUGGAGGUUCUUCAUGAGGGUCAGUGGGGAACAGUGCAGGAUGUUGACUGGGAUUUGCCUGAUGCUGAAGUGGUGUGUAGAGAACUUGGCUGUGGAGAGGCUUUAAGUGCACCAAAGGGUGCUUACUUUGGUGAAGGAUCAGGAAGUGUCUGGAUUUCUGGUUUACAGUGUACUGGAUCAGAGUUUACAUUGACAAACUGUAGAUUCAAUGGAUGGGGAAUGGAAGCUAAUCAUGCUGAAGAUGCUGGAGUCAUCUGCUCUGGAGUCCGGCUGGUUGGAGGAUCUCGCUGUUCUGGUAGAGUAGAAGUGCCUCAUGAUCAGACGUGGAUGUCAGUGUGUGACGCUGUGUUUGACCAGCAGGAUGCAGAGGUUGUGUGUAGAGAGCUGGACUGUGGGGCUCCUGUACAGGUGCUGGGAGCAGCUGCUUUUGACAAAGGAGACGCUCAGAUGUGGACACAAGAGAUUCAGUGUAGAGGAAAUGAAUCCUAUAUAUCUUUGUGUCCAACAUCAUCUUCUCUCAAACAAAAUUGCACCCAUGAGAAUGCCAUUGGACUGUUAUGUUCUGGUUACACUGAUCUCAGACUGGUAAACGGUCCUGAUAUCUGUUCUGGUCGAGUUGAACGUCAGUACUCCAGUAAAUGGGGCACAGUGUGUGAUGCAUGCUGGGAUAUGAGAGCUGCCAGUGUCCUCUGUAGACAGCUGAAUUGUGGGAUUGCUGUGUCUGUUGUGGGAUCAGACUGGUUUGGAGUGGGAAGUGGUGAAAUCUGGGCUGAUGUGUUUGAUUGUGACGGGAAUGAAACAAAACUCUCAGAAUGUUCCAUCUCUUCAUGGAGUCGAGCUGAAUGUUCUCAUAGACGAGAUGUUGGAGUCAUCUGCUCUAAUUCCUCUCUGGCUCUUCAUGAUGGUCUGGUGCGGUUGUCUGGAGAGAGACAGUGUGAGGGGGAGGUGGAAGUUUUCGUCCAUCAGGUCUGGAGGAGAGUUCUGCUGGACUCCUCAAGUCUCACUGAAUCCUCUGUGGUCUGCAGACAGCUGGGCUGUGGCUCUGUGCUGAACUUCUACGGCUCCUCUUCAUCCAGUCCUGAACACAGUCAUGAGUGUGUGAUGGGCUUCCAGUGCUCUGGGAGUGAAGCUCAUCUGGGGAACUGCAGCUCUCCACAAACUCUCAACUGCAGCUCCACACAACAGCUGUCAAUCACCUGCAUUGGUCGUGGGUCCAUCAGGCUGGUGGGUUCUGGGGGAGACUGUGCAGGGAGGCUGCAGGUUUUUCACAGCGGCUCAUGGGGGACAGUGUGUGAUGACUCCUGGGAUAUUAAAGAUGCUCAUGUGGUGUGCAGACAGCUGCAGUGUGGAGUGGCCCUCAGUAACCAGCAGGUACCAGCCUGGUUUGGUCCUGGUUCUGGACCCAUAUGGCUGGAUGAGGUGGAGUGUGAGGGGAAUGAGACGUCCCUGUGGAGCUGCUCUUCUCCAGGCUGGGGAAAACAUGACUGUCAACACAAGGAGGAUGUAGGAGUCGUAUGCUCAGAGUUUAAAGAGAUCAGGUUAACUGAGGGCUGUGAAGGGAAUGUGGAGGUUUUCUACAAUGGAUCCUGGGGUAAUGUGUGCUGGAACCAGAUGGACGGAGACACAGCGAGUCUGAUCUGUCAGGAGCUGAACUGUGGAAGAUCUGGGGUUUUGUCUGCUUCUACAGCAAGAGUGGAAUCAGCUCCUAACUGGCUGGAUAAAGUUACAUGUCGUCCACAUGAUUCCAGUUUAUGGCAGUGUCCAUCUUCACCCUGGGGUCAAAACUACUGUGGUGAAGAUGAAGUGGCCAAAAUCACCUGCUCAGACAAGGAGAUUCAUGAGUCUCCUCACAGUCGCCUGACAUGUUCAACCUCACCAUCUCCUAACACAAGAAUUAUUUCCCUCAGAAAAUGA